UGAGAGUGAUGUUGUCUAUGUAAACUUAACGAAUGUCUUGAAAAAAGGAGAUGGUAAAGAGAGAAAGGUAGAAACUGGAGGGCUUACGUCUGUUAUGGUUAAUGGUACCACAACGAAGGAGAUUUGCUGUCCAGGCUUCCAUAAUAGCAACAGAGGAAGGUGUAAAAGAUGUCCCAAAGGUACAUACGGUCUAGAUUGUCUGAACAAAUGUGAUUGCACAGGCUUCAGAAAGUGUGACCGCAGAACUGGAGAAUGCCAAAAAUGCAAAAAAAAGCCAUGUGAAGAUGAUGACGGAGGAGAUGAUGAUAAGUCAUCGGUAUUGAUCACCAAGAAAUCAAUAACUUCCGAUGUAUCAGUUUCGGUUCAAACUACAACAGACAGUGAAAACAAAAACGUUUUAUCUACUGUUCGUACUUGUGAUGUAUGUAAAGAAUUUGGAAACUGCUCCAGUGAACAAGAGUGUAGUGUAUUUUCAGAUCUGCAUGUUAUAUCUACUGUUCACACUUGUGAUGUUUGUGAAGAAUUUGGAAACUGCUCCAGUGAACAAGAGUGUAGUAUACAUGGUGUAGUUUCCGAUCAGCAUGAUUCUGAUUCUAGCCGCAAGACUGACAAGUGGACUAUCAUUAUAAUGGUAUUGUCCGUAAGUGUCAUAGGAAAUGUCAUCGCUUUUGUAUUGGGAUUCAGAAGGUAUCAAAGAAGGCGACAACGAAAGCAAAGUCAAACCGCUCCAGUCAUCCAAUUAACGAAUGAAGUUAAUAAUGGCGUGGAAGCUAACCAAGACAGCAUGGCAGAAAAUUACAUGGUUGGGUAUAGCCAGAUGACGGACGAUUGUCAUUCCUACAAUGUAUUGGACAACAACAGAGCCUAUGUCAGCAUGUAUAAUGUCAUUAACGACAUUAACCAGUACACAAAUGAUAUGACACUCAGUAGUAAUGACCUUCAUAACUUUCAUUCUGCGGGGGAAAUAGAGACAGCCAGACAUUCAGAGACAGUCAGACAUUCAGUUGAAAAUGACUACGAAACUGUAGAGUAGCAUGGCACUCGAAUUAUAUAUAUAUCAUAAUAUGGA